ACACAUUGACAAAAACCGACAUUGGGGUUUGUUGUUUGCAGAUAUACUACAAGAAACAUGGACGAUUUAGCGAGAUGUGGCUUCGUUUUAUUGAUUUUUUGGCUUGUGAUGUCUUCAAAAGAAUCCUAUGCUAGCAGUAACUGUACUGAACAUUGGUUGACAGCAUGUCAGAGUCAGUUCAAUGAGAACAACUUAAAGAUCUGCCAGAAAAUUCUGGAAUUGCGGUCUUGUCUCAAUGCUUGUGAAAAUGACAUUUGGCCGAGCCAUGCAGCGAUAAAAGUCCAGUAUGAAUCACUUAUAAAGAAAGUUAAUUCUUUUCCUGACUGUCUACCACCAGGCAAAGUCAUCAAUUUGCCGAGAAGUGAAGAAUCUGCGGAUGUGCAUUAGUGAACUGAAAGGAUGUGAUGUCAUGAAGAAGCACCCUAAAUUUGUUUUGUCCAUGGACAUACUUGAAAAACAUAGGAAAUGCUUCUUUGUCAAUUAUUCCAGGAUAUUGGAGGUCCUCAAGAAAAAAGAUAAUGCUCCGAAACCAGUUAUUGUUAUUCCCAAAGUUGUGAAAACUCCCAAAACAGUCAAGAGGAUUAACGUGACAAUUAAACCCUCGGCUAGUGAAUCAGAACCACAAAGUGAACAUCUUCCAUAUACUUUUGUUGUUGUUGCAACGGUGUGUACAUGCAUGUUUCUAGUGGUACUUGUUGUGUUCAGCAUUGUACGGCAUACAACACUCUCAAAACGUCAAAGAAACUCAAUAGUGGUACGAGCACCACCAAGAAUACAUAUCAGAACACAAAAUCGCAGAUACAGAACAAGACGGCACCACCAUCAUCGCCAUCAUAGAGGACAUGUUGUUAUCCAGGGUGCACGGCAGACUGUCUCUGGAUUCUUUGAGGGGAAAGUUGCCCCUCCUCCAUACAGUGCUGUGCUAGAUGAUAAUGAAAGCGUUAGAGCUGGUGACCCACCUCCUCCAUAUCGACCACCCUCUUGUAUGGCACUAGGUGUCAUUGUUUAGCUUUCAUUGGAACACAUUCGACAUGUUAUUCCACAAGAAUGGCCAUGUCUAUCACCAUUGUGAGGGUCAGAUAAAUUUUGCUUCAGAAAUUGAACAUAAUGCUUUCGAGCAUCACCCCUGAAAACAUGGUAUUAUGCUGAAAUUUAUGUUCAAGUUAAUAAUUCAAAAUACUAGUUUUUAAAAGCCCCCCCCCCCCCAAACGCUCCUUCCUGCACUCCUCAUUCCCACAACCAAGAGGUAACACUUGCUAAGAAUGAAAGGCAUACCAAAGUUCACAACAUGACACUAAGUGGAACAAAUUCCCAUACUGCAAGCAAGAAAAGCAGGCCAUUGUUGACAGUGCUCAGGCAACAAAAUCUAUCUCCAGUUAAAUGAAACAUCAAGACAACAUUUAUGAAGUUAAGUCAUUAUGCCGCGAUAAUGCUCUAUGCCCUGACUGUUGCAUCAUAUGCAAAAUUAUGCCAACAUGACAUAUCUGACCCAAGCUAAUUUGAGAUGCCUUUAAUAUUUUCACUUCCCUUAGACUUCGGUGGUGUUGAGUUUCUGGCCAGCCAGCCUUUAGUACAUAGGAGUAUAGGACGAAAGUUUUGAAUCACAAAUAAGUGGGGACUUUUUCGACUACAACACAAGCAAAAACAUUGGCUGACAUGCAUUGACACAGAUUGGACGCGCAUUGGUGUCUUAAGUAAGGAUCCUGUCAAACAAAGGAAUUUUCCAAUGUGAUCGGCAUCUUGGUGCCUUUGCUUAUGUUGGCACCUGCAUGUGUUGUAUCUGAGCAACUGUGUACCUACCCCUUCCCUGACCAAGCAACAGUCAACCAAUAGUGUCAGUAAGGGGAGGGGUGGGUGUGUAAUUGCUCAGAUACUGAUAUUGAUCAAACAGUGUUAGUAUCUUAGCAACUGUGCACUUACCCCCAACCUAACCUAAUAGCAGUCAACUGAUAAUGUUUGUACAGGGGAGGGGUAGGUGUGCAGCAGUGUAAAUAUCUGAGCAACUGUGCACUUACCCCUCCCCUAAUCUAACAGCAGUCAACUGAUAAUGUUUGUACAGGGGAGGGGUGGGUGUGCAGCUCCUUAGAUACUGAUAUUGUACCUGAAAAUCAGUUGCAAAGGAAAAAAAAUUUUAUAUGUAAAGUGUAUAUAAAGACAGUUUUAAUGAAAUAUACGAGAGAUCUAUUUUACUUGUAUUUACCUAAUAUCAAGGUGACUAAAAUAUUCAGUUUUUUUGAUAAAAGCAAAUGAAUUAGAAUAUACGCAUGAAGUUAGGAAAUGUUGAUUUUUGAUGGAAAGAUUGGGUUUGACUAUUUCAUUUCUGCAAAAAUAAUAAGGUAAGUUAAAGAACAGAUGACAAUUUUACACUUUUAAGCCAUGUUAUGAACAGACAACUCCAGUUGUAGACAGAGAAAUCAAUCUAGAAAUACUUCAUUAAAAAAAAAAAAAAACUUUCAUUCA